AAUGGCAUUAUGGGUAAACAUAUUUGACCUACAUAGACGGUCACCAUUGUUUACAACAGAGGAAGUUUAGCUGUUUAGUUGACAAUAAGAUACGUACAAACUCACCGAUCAAUGAUUAAAACAGUGUAUUAUUGAAUGUUUAAUCGUAUCUAAUUAAAAACCACUGCAUUAAUUAUAUUCAAACUUAGUUUUUGAGUGUUUUUGCGUUGAAAUUAUUGUUCGAAAUUUUGACAGUUUGUUUUUCUCGCUUGUGAUUAACAGCUGAUCAAGAAAUAAUUCAAGAAUCGUUCUCAAUGGGGCAUCUGCGGAUUAAAUCAGUAGCUGACAUGAUCAAGAUUAACACCACAAAGAAUUCCGCAACUAACAAUUCGUUUCAAAAAAACUCUGGUAGGAAGAAAGCUCUGUGUUCCUUAAAUUGUUUUAAACUUUCUCCCGAAGACAGUAAAGUGUGUUUGUUUUGUUAAUUUGAUUACUUUUUGAAAUUAAUUUCUGUGUGAAGAUAAAAGUUAAAAAUCUAACGAUUAAAAUGAAGUUCCUGGAAAAUGCUCGAUUUGAAGCAAUCAACGCUGCUUUAUGCUGUGAGGUGGAGAAUUACAGGAUUGAAGGAAGGAUCGAAAGCUACUCGUGCAAGAUGGCGGGUAACGACAAGCGUCUAUUCAAAACACUCAUGCAAGAGUCUGCUGACAACCACAAUCCAAGUGACCUCCAGGUGUUGUCACCUCCUCAGAGCACAGUGUCGCUCAGUCCAGUGAAAAGUUACGGAAGGAGUAUGAGUGAUGGCGAAAACUACUUGUGUGACACAAUAUCCACGAAGACACUGUUCUACCUUAUAUCAACUUUGAAUGCUUCAUUCAACCCUGACUAUGACUUCAGCAAUGCUAAAAGUCAUGAGUUCAGUAAAGAACCAAGCCCUGAGUGGGUGCUGAGUGCCAUAGACAGUCACCUACAAACAGCUGCCUACCACAUGUCGGGCAGUCUGAAGCAGAAUCUAUGGUCGGCCAUUGAAGAUGAGAUCGUACUCCGAGAGUGUGACGUGUACAGCUACAACCCUGACCUCUCGUCUGACCCCUUUGGUGAGGAGGGCUGCACCUGGUCCUUUAACUACUUCUUUUACAACAAGAAGUUGAAGCGCAUUGUGUUCUUCACAUGCAGAGCUACCAGUGAAGGUGUGUAUGGAGACUCAGGAAUGGGUACAGACCUCUCUAUGGAUGAGUCCAGUGACAUGAUGUUUGACAAGAGCAGCACAUAUGCAGUCUGGAAAUAAAAAGAUUGAAGGAGAAUUGGAUUAAAGAAUGACACAGGCUGAAGGCCAUAUGCUACCACAGCUGAAGGAAUCCUGUUCCAUCUUGUCUACCUGUUUGACUGUGAAAUAAAGCAAAAAGUGUGUAAAUGUUGAUCACUUGUACACUGGUAUCCAGUUCAUAUACAUGUAUGUCCAUUAUAAACUUACACGUUUAGAAUUCUUUUUGACUAUCUGUAAACUAAUCAAAUGAGUCGUGUUCUGAGAAAACUGGGAAUAAUGCAUGUGCGUAAAGUGUUGUCCCAGAUUAGCCUGUGCAGUCUGCACAGGCUAAUCAGGGACAACACUUCGCUUUUAUGGGAUUUUAAGUUUCAAGAAAGUCCCACCUUACCGAAAAUGAAGUUUAGGCAGAAAGUGUCGUCCCUGAUUAGCCUGUGCAAACUACACAGGCUAAUCUGGGACGACACUUUAUGCACAUGCAUUAAGCCCAGUUUUCACAGAAUACGACACAAAUGCAUGUUAGACAUUUAGUUAGACAAGCCCUGUCAGAUAUGAAGCAUUUAUGAACGAUGCACAGACUUGUGUUUUGUUAAUGUAUUUUUUAGUUUACAUAACCAUGUACUUAACACAUGUUUUAAGGAAAACAUGUUUACCUGUUGUAGUGAUGGCAAGAUACAACUAGUAUAUCAAUAUGAAUAACAGCUUACAAUAUUUUGUCAUCUUGGCAGUAAGAAUGUUGUUGUCAAAUUUUGCCUUUUGUAAACAAUGUUGCCUCAGGAAGUUUCAAUGUAUCAAAUCAGUGAUUUUUUUCUCUCUGGCUUACUCACACUUCUUUUAUAUAAUUUAGAAAAAUUACAUUUUCAUCAAGUAUUUUAACUCUUUAAAAUCAAGGCCAUUGCAGUAUAAUACGAUUCAUUGAUAUGUUGAUUUUUUUCUAUUAAAAAGAAAUUACCUGUAAUAGUUUUAUUAGUAAUUUAUCAAAAAGAAGUUUGAGAAUAAAGUCCUUGACUGGGCAAGAAUUUGUGUUAAAUGUGACAUCUUAGUUUUAAAUUGUGAGAAUCAGCCAUUGGCAAUUGUAGUAAACAUGAAAAGUAAAUCCUUAAAGGGGAAUAUCUAGUUAAAUAGGAUGAUUCAUUACUUAAGAAUAAUCCAUUCUGAACAUGAGCCUUAACAAAUUUGACCAGAAACUCCAUAGAAACUUCUUAGUUGUUGGGGAUAGUUCAUGGUUUGGAAGGAUUGUCCAUAGUAUGGAAGAAAAGUCUAUAGUUUGAAAGGAUAGUUCAUAGUAUGGAAGGAUAUUCCAGAGUGUUGAAGGAUAGUCCAUAGAUUGGAAGGAUAGUCCAUAGAUUGCAUGGAUAGUCUAAAUUAUGGAAUGAUAAUCAAUAGAUUGGAUAGAUGGUCCAUAAGUUGGGAGGAUAGUCGAUAGCAUGGAGGACAGUCCAUAGCAUGAAUGGAUAGUUCAGAGUUUGGAAGGAUGGUACAUAGGUUAGAAGGAUAGUCCAUAGAAAAUAAGUAUGGAAUGGUUGUCAAUAGUUUUGAAGGAUAGCCCAUAGUAUGGAAUGAUAGUCCAUAGGAUGAAAGUAUAGUCCAGAGUUUGGAAGGAUGGUCAAUAGGUUAGAAGGAUAGUCUAUAGCAUGACAGUAUAGUCCAAAAUUUGGAAGGAUGGUCCAUAGGUUGGGAGGAUAGUCCAUAGUAUUGAAGGAUAGUCCAUAGCAAUAAUGGAUAGUCCAAAGUUUUAAAGGAUGGUUCAUGGGUUGGAAGGAUAGUCCAUAGUAAAUCAGUAUGGAAUGGUUGUCCAUAGUUUGGAAUGAUAGUCCAUUUUAUGUGAGGAUAGUCCGUAGUAUGGGAUGAUAGUCCAUAUUAUGGGAGAAUAGUCAAAAGUUUGAAAAGGUAGUCCAUAUUUAGGAACGAUAUUCAGAUAUGCCAAAGCUAAAGCCAAGAGUAAAAAAUCUUUAAGUUGGAUUAAGAAAGUCAACAUUUUUGUAGAUAUCAUAAAUUUAGGUAGAUUAUGAAAAGAUUAUGAUAUUAAUCCAUUAUGUUGUUUUAAGUUCAACUUAAUGUCCAUCCAUGGUUUGAUCAAAGCAAAUAAAUAGUGGUAGCCUAGAAGGGAGAGGAGGUUUUGAAGAGGAACAUCCAAAACAAAAGGAGAUUAGAAGUUGUUAUUAUUACAUUUGCCGAUUUCCAUUCUUUAUCAAAUAAAAAAAUCAAUUGCAUGCCAUAAUCUAAAUAUAAAUGACUGUAAAUGUUAAACCUGCAUAUGUUUUGAAAAGCAGUCUAAAUUCUGUUCAAUGUAUUUUUGUAUAGUCAUUAAACUAUUUCAGUUUCUUUAUUUUUAUGUUAAUGUUUAUGUAAUUUUAUGUAACAUAGAUAUAGAUCUCAAUACCAGUUCUGUGUUUAAAAGAAUUCUUAUCAGGGGCUGGUUUCAACAAACAAUGAUAUUAAUCUUAACAAAUAUUUGCAUUGAUAGUACAUUGAUAGUAUCUGCUCUUUACCAGAGAUGUUAUCUACAUCUCUCUGCAAUUGCUUAUUUUAAAUGGACAACACUUUAAUGUUGCACAAUAUUAAUUAUAAUAUUAUGCAAUAUCAUUGGUAAUAAUAACAUUACUAGGUAUGUAAUUAAAGUGGAUUUACAAAAUGCAGCAAUUAUUUUAAAUACUUAUGUAAUGAAGGUGGAUUUACAAAAUGCAGCAAUUAUUUUAAAUACUUAUAAGUUGUUUAAUUUAUGUUUGUUUUCAUUGAUUAUUUACCAUUUUGUAUAAUAUUGAUUCCAUUAUCACAAGUGUCAUUAAAUGUGUUAGUUGCUUUAAUAAUUGAGCUCUUUUAUCGUGUGGAUAAAAUUAGCAUUGCAGGUGCAUUGUUAUCAAAGGGCAUUGUUGAUUUUGUUUGCUAAAUUUAUUCACAAUAGAUUUAAGGUCUCUAUUAAGUAACUUUUACUAGUAGAAUAGUGUUUAAUAUUUAGUUGUAGCAAUUUUGAUGUAUAGCCUUUGAUUUUGCAUAGCAGACUUUUUAUGUCCCCCACUAUAAUAGUGGGGGACAUAUUGUUUUUGCCCUGUCUGUCUGUUGGUCCGUUGUCUGUUGGUCUGUUUGCGCCAACUUUAACAUUUUGCAAUAACUUUUGCUAUAUUGAAGAUAGCAACUUCAUAUUUGGCAUGCAUGUGUAUCUCAUGAAGCUGCACUUUUGAGUGGUGAAAGGUCAAUGUCAUCCUUCAAGGUCAGAGGUCAAAUAUAUGUGGCCAAAAUCGCUCAUUUUAUGAAUACUUUUGCAAUAUUGAAGAUAGCAACUUGAUAUUUGGCAUGCAUGUGUAUCUCAUGGAGCUUCACAUUUUGAGUGGUGAAAGGUCAAGGUCAAGGUCAUCCUUCAAGGUCAGAGGUCAAAUAUAUGUGGCCCAAUCGCUUAUUUUAUAAAUACUUUUGCAAUAUUGAAGAUAGCAACUUGAUAUUUGGCAUGCAUGUGCAUCUCAUGGAGCUGCACAUUUUGAGUGGUGAAAGGUCAAGGUCAAGGUCAUCCUUCAAGGUCAGAGGUCAAAUAUAUGUGGCCCAAAUCGCUUAUUUUAUGAAUACAUUUGCAAUAUUGAAGAUAGCAACUUGAUAUUUGGCAUGCAUGUGUAUCUCAUGGAGCUGCACAUUUUGAGUGGUGAAAGGUCAAGGUCAUCCUUCACAAGGUCAAGGUCAUCCUUCAAGGUCAAACAUCACAUAGGGGGACAUUGUGUUUCACAAACACAUCUUGUUAAGUACAUUAAAAGCAUUGCUGUGACAUUGUACUCCAGUUUUCUUAUGUCUCAUAGAGGCUACUUAUAGUAAAUACCUUCAAAGAAAUCCACAUAGACUAAUCUUCAUUAUUUGUCAUCAUCAAUUGCAAUAAAUGACCAUGAAUUUAAAUUUUAUAAACAAGUCAUACUCUUAGCAAAGGUGAUAACACUCCCAGCUUAAAAUUACCUUGUGCACAAAAUAAAAAAUAUUUUAUUUCCUUGGACUGAUUGGUCUUUUCAGAUAUGAUAAUUUGAGUUAUAAAUUCAUGUGUUCAAAACACAAUAUCGGCGAAAAGUUAAAAUAAUUAAAUUGUCACGGCUUUUGUUUUUUUAAACAGAUGGGUGUGUUAAAACUUGUGUAUAUUGUACAUGUAUUUUCAGAUAUGAAAUAUAUGUCCAAUUUAUCUUAUAUCAUGGUUUAUAUUUUUGAAAUAUAUGUGCUGUUGUUGGAAAACCAGGUUUAAUGCAUGUGCGCAAACUAUCCUCCUAGAUUAGCGUGUGAAGUCGCACAGGCUAAUCAUGUUAAACACUCCGAUUUUUUAUUUAUUUUUGUUUUAAGGAAUUCUUCUAAAUGAAAAUCCAGUCUGGGCUAAAAGCGUUAUCCCAGGUUAGCCUGUGGACCAAAUAUUGACGAUACUUAACACAAAUGCGUUGAGCCCGGUUUUCCCAGAGACAGGAUCAUAUAAUUGUGGAUUGCUUUUCAAUAUUUGAUCAAACGGAAUGUAUGUGUAAUGUUAUAUCUCUUUUACAUGUCUAUAUCAGCUACAACAGUGUCUCUCUCAAUCCUCAAUAGGUUCCUGUUGAAUGUGAUGUAAAUAUCUGAAAUUUUAGGAUAAGACUUGUUCUGUCUAUGUAAUGUAUGUAACUCAUUGUUUUAAUCAAAACUAUUCUUUCUGGAUUUUUACCUGUACUGAGAUAUACUUUACUUUUUAGUUGUAGUUCUACUAAUGUUUUUAGUAUACAUAAUUGUUGUUUUCUUACUCAUCAACAUUGAUAAUGUUCUUAAUCUUACUCUGUUGUAAAUACGAACAGUUUCUCUCUCAUUUAUUAAUGAUACUUUGCCAUUCAAUUGCUUGAACAAUGUAUGUAUGAUUUUAUGUCCUGUUUUCUUAAAUCAUUGUGUCAUUCUCUAUGUUUUAUCUCAUGUAAAUACUUUAAAUAAAUUUGAUUUUUAUGUUUAAAAUAA